UAGCGGUUGACUUUUUACUGUAAAAACUAGCUAGAAAAUCAUGUGAUUGGGUAAAAACUGGUGCCAAUCCGUUAUUUAACGAACCAGAAGGAAUCCAAAAUCUAACCGGCUGGAAAACCGUUUCGGUUUACACUCCAAACAUGUUUCGUUUUUUCAUCAACAGAUGUGUUGACCAAAGCAAUAUAAUUUUCAUAUCAAGUGGAAAAGAAACAAAUGUGAAAUAAAACAGCAAAAUCAUGAAUGAGGAAAAGGCCCAUAGAAAAAUGCAUGAGCUGUUUAUGCAAGUUCUGAAAAAUAGGGACUUGUCCAGAGCAGGUGACCUCUUCUCUGUGCCAGAUUCUAUUAUUGUUAAUGACCUCACAAAUGUGAUUAAAGAAAUAACAGCUCUUGCAUCGCUUCCAGAUUAUGUUAAUAAUGAUAAUGAUCAGAGUGUAGUGGAAAUUUGCAUUACAAGAGUAACAUCGUGUAUUCGGGAAACUGGGAGCAUUGAGCAACACUGUGAUGCUCUAGUAAAUCUUCUGGAGUCAUGCUUACAUCACAACUUACAAGUGUCCAGCAGGGAUGAGGAUUCUCCACACGCAAAGAUCUCAAGUGAUAUCAUUUCUUGUAUAUUUUUGAACUACAGUAAAAAGUCAGUGAUGCAGAGAGCCCUGCCAGUAGCUGUGAAAUUUUUGCAUAAGGGUAACAAGGAACUGUCUCGCAACAUGGCUUCAUAUUUGUCUUUGGCAGCUAUAGAACAUGCUAGUUUACUCACACCUCACGUUCAGCCAAUUCUGGAUUCCAUUAUUUCUGGGAAUUAUCCUCUUUGCCGGGUGCUUCCAAAUAUUUAUGAAGUAUCGCCAGAGCCCCUACAGGGCCACGCAAUGGCUUUGGUAUCGCUCAUGCCUCAUUGUGAUAAUCAGGAAAAAUUGGCGUUGUUGAACUUGUUUUCUUUAAUGGCAAAAGAUAAACCUUCUCUAUUAGAAGCCAGUGUGCCUCAACUCUGCGAGUACUUGACCAGUUCAGUAACGGCAGCCGCUACCUUGCAGAUUUUUUGGCACAUGGCUGAAAAACAACCGGCUCUUUUGGCUGAUCACGUUACUGCGAUUAAACAAGCUGUGCAACGGCAUCCUCAAACUGUGUGCCUGGCUGCGCAGAUCAUUGGCGCAGUUGGAAAACUAAGCAAAGAUAGAGCACAAGAUGCAUUAAAUUUCGUACUGGAAUAUUUACCAAAAGCUGAUCGAGGAUCUCAGAGUACACUGCUGAGGGAAGCCACCCUUUUAUGUAGCUCUUAUCCUGUUUUAUUUACCGAAAAGGUACUUGCUGGAGUGAGGCAAAGACAUCACACUAGCUCCAAUCAGUUGUCUCAAAACAGCCAAGUCACAUCAGGAGGUGUGACAAUUGUUAACGUAGGACCUCCAGCAGUGGCAGAGAAGAUCUUACCUCAAAACGCAGGAUAUACAAGAAGGGCGAAAUUGGGGGAUUCGAGAAGUACUGGAAGACUUCACACUGCGCAAAAUUCCAACACCCAUCGUAGUAUGACACGGCUAAAUGUUGCUGGUGGUUCUGUGGGAGGGCUACAUAAAAGUAUGACAAAAUUAAGUACUUCAAGAGAAAUGAAUAGCAUGCCAAACUCCUAUGCUCUCCCAACGUCACCCAUAACAGUAACUGGGACUAAAUGGUCUGGUACCAAUAUAAAAGUAUCUAGUGGUGGUGUAACUGUAACAACAAUCUCGGCACCUAGGAUUCAGAGGCCUUUAAGUCAAGGACCACUUACUUUGUUAAAUAACCAUCUGGGAUUUUCUGCUCAUCCACCUACAAUUUCAUCACCCCCACCGCCCCUUCAAGUCAACAGUAAUUCCGUAACAGUGAGCUCCGGCUAUACAGGACCAAUUUCUAGUAGCAAUCAGAUUAAUAUUCUUACAUCUGGAACCAGUUCCACAACACAAAAUAUUUCUGUGAUCCCUAGCAGUCCGCCACCAGAGAUGCUAACUAACUCUUCACAUAAUGUGGUUAACUCUCCGCCAUCUAGUGGAAGCGGUAACGUAAAUGUAACCGGGCCAACUACAGUUAUAUCCCGUAGAAACAACAAUAAUAAUACCAGCGUUACACUUAUCAACCAAAACUCAAUUGCUAAUCAGAGGAUGAGUGUCUUUGAGCCAUAUCCAAUGAGGGACACGAUUCAGCAUUUCUGUGAGAAGCACUUGGACAAAAUCAAACUCUACAUGGAAAAGGUUUCUUUGAAAAUACCAUCACCUGCUAAAUGUACAAUUGAAGAAAAGAGACAGAAAAAAUCGGCCAAGUUGCAUUUCGCUUGUCAGGCUAGAGGUCAGCAUUGCCUUUAUUCUAAAACAUAUUUCACUAUGAGGACCAGAAACCCUAGGAUAUGGAUUCAUUUAAUGUUUAUUUCAUUGCAGGCUAGACAUUCGCACGCCCUUAGUUCCAGAGAUGCUCAAGUAGCCAGUCUGAAGCAUUGCUGGGAUAUUUUAAAGGCAGAAAACAAGACAUUCUUGACGGUUGUGACGAGUGCUUUCCCAUGUACUAAGGACCAAGAAGCCUUACUAAGCGAACUAAGACACGCAGGAUAUUUCGAUGUGUUUCAAGUAUGCCCACCAAGCAUAGGAGGUUCGGCGGAUCACUUAGAAGGCAGUGGCCCUCUUACCAAUAUUGGAGGGAUUAAAUGGGGUUGUUUUCUAUGCGCGCAUCCUGAAAAAGCUAUGGGAUUUUUGAGAGGAGAUACGCAACCUGUGAUCGAAGGCCAACUAAAAGAGAAGAAAGGAAAAUGGCGACUCUUCAGGAGAUGGCGGACACGUUACUUUACUCUAUCUGGAGCUCAUUUAUCAUGUAAAGGCUCGAGCGGAGGAGAAUCAAUUGACGUCCACCAAAUACGUUCAGUUCGUGUAUCUCGUGGUGCUCGUAACAUACCAAAGGCUUUUGAAAUAUUCACAGAGAACCAAACGCUCAUUCUCAAACCGAGUGAUGGUAAAAACGCAGAAGAAUGGGUUCAGUGUCUGAGCAUUGUUGUGGCACAUUCCAGAGAGAGCGGUGGACAAGGUGGAAAAGAAAAUUCCAGAGGGAAAAGCAAUAGCUUGCCAGCGAGGGGACUUGGUGGCAGCAGAAGUCAUAUUUGAGCGAUUUUCAUGGUUGCCUGUAUGAAUUUUAGAAAACAUAUUAAUUUUGUUCAUUAUUAUUAUUAUUUUUUUAAUGGGAAGUUUUUAUUUUAUUCACAUAAAAGAACUUAAGUUAGACCUGUUUUUAGAGUUUAUGUUUUUAUUAGUUGGGAUGUUUAGUAGCCAAAUAAAAUAAAAACUUCCAAUAAUUUUUAAGUUUGAUCUAAUUUUUUUUAUGCAUAUUUUAUUUUAUUAAUUUUUUUAUUUUUAUUGGCAGCUUUUGCUGUGACAACUGAUAAAUAUUAGGACCAAACUAAUGUACUUAAUAUAUUAUACAAUAAAGGGAGGCAUCUAGAACCAAAUACCGCAGAAACUAAGUUACCAAUCGUUUCAAUCAUAAAAUGCUUUCAAAAACAAUUAUUGGUAAGAAAGCUUUUUUCCAAUAGUUACAGAGGGUAAAUAAUAAUUAACGAUGGCGAUGUGAUAGAUUUUAUGUUAUUAAUGCCCGUAUCCACCAACGUCAAAAAACAACAGUUAUUUUUUAACUUGUAGUUAAGCAGUCAUUUUCAUAUCCACCAACAAAAUUUUGUACUUAACUGGGUGUUAAAUAAAACUGGCGAAUUUUAGCCAGUUAAAAAAUAUAACCGUUGGUUAUUUUGAGGAAAUGUCUACUCUUGAUAUGUCAAAAGAUAAUUUUUUUCGUUUUUUAAUGUAAUAUUAGAUCAUUGUCUAUGUUAGAAGAUGAUCUUUAAUCCUAUUCAUAAUUGCUGGACAAUGGAAAAUGAACUAUUUGACGAUGACAUCCUUAUUGAUAUAGUGCAGGAUAUGAUUCCUAAAAAUCAGUGGGAAACGCCUGAUUAUUUUGAAGAUAUGCCUGACUAGUGGCAACAGGAAUCUUACACAAUAUAGCUCGAAGAAUGGGAGAACUGCCGCCAGUCCCUGAAGAUAUUGAUGCAGGAUGCAGAUAUGUUAAACUAUUUAAUUGACCAAGGAAAUAUUCCAGAGAUGCCCGCCGAAAAUAAUAAUCCACUUUUAAUUAAUCAUAGGCCACAGAUCAUUGAAAACUUCUUCAAUAACUUGGUCAUCCUAUAGUCUUUUUUUAUAAGUAUUCAGUAUUCAAGCUUUAUUUCAAUAAAAACUUGAACAUAUAGAUUUUUCGAACUUUUUCAACCACAAAUUUGACAAACUAACAUGACCACCACGAACGAAAAAUAUAAAAUAUGUCAUUAGUGACAUUUCUAAGAAUGUGCUGGAAGAUAACUGGGACUUUCCUAACUACAUAACAAAAACUGAUGGCGGAUACGGUAAUAAACUAAACUACCAGUUAGUGUAAGCUUACAGUUACAUAACAAAUGGUUAGGGUGCUUAUUGGUGGAUACGGGCAUAAAUGUCAAUGCAAAAUUACAGGAAAUGCUUAUGCUAAUGAGUUGAGAAUCAAUUUAUUAUAAACUUUCAAAGUAAAAUACAUAUUGAGUCUCUUGGUUUCUAGGGUCUUUGGGUAGCACAUUAUGUACAAUGAACCUGUGUACUUAAAAAAAAAAAUUAAGGGAUUCCUUAUAACUGGACACAACAAGAAUAUUUCAAUUUUUAAGUUUUUAUUGAAUCUUGCAGAGAUUCGCAGACACUCGAUUUUUCUUUAAGUGAUACAAAUCCCAUGGUAGUUAUCUGUGAAGCCAAUUCAAAUAUUUAUUAAAACCUACAUCUAUAAAAUAAAUUAACAAGGUAGCUAGAUGUGAAACAAGAGUACUUGUAUACUUUUGAUAUUUUGCAAGUUCUGACUGAGACGGAUGCUUAAAAAUUUGACAAAAAAAAAUUAUAAACACAUAAAAUAACCAUUGCUGCAUUUGCAAUUGUAUUGUUCAAAUUCCAGUUGUUUUAUCAUUCGCAUUCGUACUUUCUUCAUAUUGGGUGAACAGUUUCCACCUGAUGGGAACAUACUUGGUAAAAGAGAAAACAUCAAAUGGAUGAAUGAAGACCAGGCUAUAAUUGAAAAAAUAAAAAGAAAUCACUAUCACUAUACUUUGGACCAAAUUUUCUCAUGAAAAAUGUAUUCUCAAAUUUCCUGUAUUGUUUCUCUAGUAUUAUAAUUUCAUGAUCUGAAUAACUGUAUAUACUCAGCUAAAUGAUUCCUAAACUGUAUGUUAAUUCCAAUCUUGUUACUUAUAUUUUACACACAUUCCAGAUUU